AUGUCUGCACGUGGUGGUGAAAAGUGGAGGAAUGGGUGGGUUAUUCUCACUAAUUACUUUCAUGGCACCAAUGUUUUCCAUUCGGCAUGGAUGAUCUCACUUUUGUCCCCCGGAUGCAUCUCGCCUCCUCCACCUCCUCUUCAAGUCCUCUGUUCUCUGUCGCCGCAUCCGUUUCAGCCGCUUCCAUCGCCCUCUGCCUCACACAUAGCUUUGGUUCGCACCUCCUCCUUCUUCCACUCCCCCUGCCCCUCCUCCACCUUCUCACCCUCCUGUGCCUCCACCUCCAUCUCCACUUUUGACCACUGCUACCUACUCAUCUUUCCAACUGGCCAAUCGUCUCUCUUGCAGCACAUUCCGUGUUCCCAACAUUUCCAUCCAUUUCCUAGACCCCAUUGGCGAAACCACGCGGUGUGUAAUGGGGAGGUACGCGAAUCGAUUUGA